AUGGCUACACCGAAUUACGUGCCAGUAAUAACGUCAGAGGAUCUGAAAAAAGGGCUCGACGCUGACGCCCUGACGUUGAUCGAUGUUCGGAACGAAACAGAGAUCGUGGCAGACGGAAAAGUGCCCAAGAGCCACAACGUGCCUUUGCCGGAAAUUUUCGAAGCAUUCAAGUUGCCAGAAGAGGAAUUCGUCGCCAAGUACGGAUUCAAACGACCUCCGCCACCCGGAGAUGACGUGGUCAUUAUGUGCAGAAGCGGGAGACGUGCUUUGAAUGCGAUUGUAUUACUGCGUUCCUUGGGAUACACGAACCUCAUCUUAUACGCCGAUAGCUUUAGAGGAUGGACAAGCAGAGGGUACCAGUUCCUCCACAGCGGAAUCUUGGAGUCCACGUCAGACUACAGCACAGCAGGCGAGGAAGAAAAAGUAUCACCAGUCCCACUGAUAGCUGCUGAUCAGGCUGAAACAAUGCGAAAGAAAAAUGAAAACACUGCUGGCAACUGGAUGUGGAACUGCAACACAGUGGGGCCUGACGGCGAAACCCUUGAUAAAGCCGUCCUACGCCGAGGUUUUUUA